AACAUGUCCGCCUCCAAUAGAGACACGUUUUCUUCUGCAGAUGGUGAAAUGGAAGAAAAUAACAGCAGCAGCGAUGGAGAUGAGAUGGAAGAAGAAACGGACGAGGGAGAAGGAGCUGGGAAAGUUUAUGUGCCCGGAUUACAGCCUCUGAAGCCAGGAGAGGAGCUCGAAAUGGACCGCUCCGCUUACCGCGUGUAUCAUGAGUGCCAAACCGGUGCUCCGUGCCUAAGCUUCGAUGUGCUCCAGGACGGAGAAGGACACGGCCAGGAGCAGUUUCCCCUCUCCAUGGUGCUAUGUGCUGGAACCCAGGCUGAUACGGCCAGCAGUAACAGGCUGCUUGUGAUGCGCAUGCACAACCUCUAUGGCACAGAGAAAGACAAAGAGGAUGAGGAGAGCAGUGACGAAGACAGUGAUGAGGAUGAGGAUGAGGAGAAGAAGCCGCAGCUGGAACUGGCUAUGAUGCCGCACUAUGGAGGGAUCAACAGAGUGAGAGUGCUGCAGCAUGGGGAGCUGUCCUUGGCUGCUGUGUGGUCAGAUAAAGGCCAGGUGGAAAUCUUCGACCUCAAACCACAGCUGGAUGCUGUUCACAGUACAGCUGCCAUGGCAACAUUUUUGAAGCAUCAGCAAGGAGAAGCGAGGCCUGUGUUUAGCUUUUCAGGUCACAUGAUUGAAGGCUUCGCCAUUGACUGGUCACCUAAAGUACCAGGUCGCCUUGUUAGUGGUGACUGCAAGAAGAACAUUCAUGUGUGGGAGCCACAAGAAGGAGGGGCUUCCUGGAAGAUUGACCAGCGGCCAUUUAGCUGCCACAGCAAGUCUGUGGAGGACCUCCAGUGGUCACCUACAGAAGCGACGGUUUUUGCAUCUUGUUCUGUGGAUCGAUCCAUUCGGAUCUGGGACAUCCGAGCACCGCCUAACUCGAUGCUCUCGGCCGAUGAGGCGCACUCUUCAGACGUCAACGUCAUCAGCUGGAAUCGCAGCGAACCGUUUUUGCUGUCGGGGGGUGACGAUGGAGUUCUGAAAGUAUGGGAUUUAAGGCAGUUUCGGUCUGGUCAACCAGUGGCCAGUUUCAAGCAGCACAGUGCCCCGGUGACGUCUGUGGAGUGGAAUCCCGUGGACUCGAGCGUCUUUGCAGCUUCAGGUGCUGAUGAUGUGGUCAGUCAGUGGGACCUGUCUGUGGAGGCAUGUGACGGGAGUCCAAGUGCCGGGGACAUUAAGGAACUUCCACCCCAGCUGUUGUUCUUGCACCAGGGUCAAACUGAAGUUAAGGAAAUCCACUGGCAUCCACAGAUUCCAGGCAUUUUAAUCUCUACUGCAUUGUCAGGCUUCAACGUGUUCAGAACCAUCUCCGUGUAGCAGAGUGACGUAUGCACUCAGUUCAGUUUUCCCAAGUAUUGUUGCUGCUUUCAUAUCCAUGAAAUGUCCUACAGAAUCAUUAAUCUUACACUUCCAUUUGUCCUUCAGCUAGUUCUUUCAUUUUUAAAUCUGUCUCUGAACUUUAAAUAACAUUGGUUCACUUUGAAUAAAUUAACUUUUCAUGAGUGUCAAAGUUCCUUUGGGGGGGGGAAAAAAAAUCUGAGGAUGUCAAAGAAACUGGAGCUGUUCAUGUCCACGUUGGUUUUCAUGGUCUACUUUCUUCUAUUUUACAUAGCAUUGAAAUUUUACGGUAUGCUGUACUUAAACAAUUUGAAAGGCCUAUUUUAAUAGAAAUUAGAUGAAAAUGACAGAAGUGAUCCAAGGGAAUAUUUAUUAAAAUAACUAGGAAAUGAUAUUAAAACAUGUAAAAGUCACAUCUUUAUAAAGGCAGUAAUUAAAU